ACAAGUGUCUGAAGAUGUUAUGAAUGAAUGCAUGAGGCAAUGUACCAGCAUGGAGAGGGAUGUGAAAUCAGUAAGUGGGCUCUUUGUACCCAGCUGAUGGAGCUGACAGUUGUUCUCCUAAGACUUCCUUGCAAAGUGUGUUUGUGCAGUUUGACUGAUGCCCUGUUGGGGUUUCUUUCCUGCUCUUUUCAUUUGAAAACAGUGCUUUAAAGUUUUCUACUCUGCACAAUGAGUUACUUCCUGUCCUACUGUAAAGGACAUUGCAGUGCUGUGCUGUCUCAGUACCAAACCCUUCGAGCAGAAGGCUUGCUGUGUGAUAUUUUGUUGAAGGUAAAAGAAAAUGAGUUUCCUGCUCAUAAAUCUUUGCUGGCCUGUUCCAGUGAUUAUUUCAGGGCUAUGUUCAAGAGCUAUACAAAAGAAUCUAAAGAUGCUAUCAUUCACCUGCAAGUCAUCUCAGCCAUUGGUCUGCAACAUGUUCUGGAUUUCAUUUAUACUUCCUGGUUGCCCUUGUCUUUUGAUAGUUUGGAAGAUACUUUGGAAGCUGCCACUUACUUGCAAGUGACUGAGGCAAUUGGCUUGUGCAGCCAGUACCUGGCUAAUAAUCUUACUCUGGAGAGCUGCUGUUUUUCCGCCAAUGUUGCUGCAAAAUUCUAUUUACCAGAUGCUUUGUUAGCAACUGGAAAAUAUAUAAUUACCAAUCUCUGGAAAUUGCUGGAUUGGGAUUUUACUGGGCUGUUUGAGCUGAACUUCCAGACUUUAAAAGCAAUAGUAGAAUCACCUGACAUCCCCAUGGUCAAAGAACGUGACUUGCUAGAUCUAUUGCUGAAGUGGCUGCGGCAUGAUAAAGUGAGGUUAACACAUACUACUAGCCUGUUGGAACAUAUACGAUACGGUCUUAUUCCAGUGGAAGAUCUGAGAAAGGUCUACACGCAGACGGAAGUACCACUGACAGCUCCCAUAAAAUGCUUAAUCAUAAAAGCAAUAAACUACCAUUCGCUUAUCUUCAGACAACCAAUCCUUCAGGACAAGUACAGUACCUUGAGAAACCAGAAGACACAGAUUAUCCUACUUGGAGGUAUGAUUGCACAUGAGGGGUCUGUCAGAGAUGUGGUGGCUUUUGAUGUUUACAAUCACAGAUGGCAAACUUUAACACAGCUGCAGAACAGAGUACAAAAUCACUGUGUCUGUACAAUUGGAAACUUUUUGUAUGUAUUAGGUGGAGAAAUAGAAGAUUUGAAAAGUGAUCCAAAAUGUCCCGCUUUGACAGUUACAAACAAAGUUCAACGCUAUGAUCCCAGAUUUAACAAGUGGAUUGAAGCCACAAAGAUGCUGGACAAGAGAUGUCUGUUUUCUUGUUGUGUCCUAGAAAACAACAUUUUUGCAAUUGGUGGGCAAGGUGAAAAUGGAUCAUUGCAUUCAUCAGUGGAAGUCUACAACAUUAGCCAAGACAGAUGGACAAAAGUUCAAAAUUUGCCCUGUAAAAUGCAUGGUCAUGCAGGCACUGUUUGCAAGAACAUCAUUUAUAUAUCUGGUGGCAAACACAUGGAUCAAACUAACACAAGCAAAGAUAUGUAUUCACUGGAUACUCUGGAAGGACAAUGGAUAAAACAAGCCCCAAUGAGUAUUGCUCGGUUUGGGCAUCAGAUGGCCACAAUCAGAGAUAGGAUUUUUACAUUUUUAGGGCUUUAUGAACCAUUCUCUGAAAUUGAAAUGUAUGAUCCUGCUCAGAAUCAGUGGACACGUUUAAAGCCAUUGGUCUAUGACCGAUUUAGUUAUGGUUUGGCAGUAGUGGAGGAAACUGCACUUCUCAUUGGGGGGAAGAAGUGGCAAGAUUCUCAGGAGAUUCCAACUCAGGAUGUAGUUGGCUAUGAUAUAGACAAUGACUGCUGGGAAGAAAUCUGCAAAGCUUCCUUGCCUUGGUAUGGAUUGCAGUGUGCAGUACUACAGCUUUCUGAAUUAGCUGAAGCUAAGGAUGUUCAAUGAUAAAACAACAAAACAUCUUGCUGAGCAGGAACAUCUCUACACGGCCAGUUCAGCAGAGUUGUAAAAACAUUGGGAUUUCUACAUAUUAUAAAUGUAGUCCAGUUCAUAAUACUGAUACCUAAUGUUGUAAAGCUGCAAAUGGCAUUGACCUUUAUAUUACAAAGCAUUCUAAAAAAAAUACAGCAAGACAAUGUAAGUGUUGCCGGAAAGAAAUUGCAGACUAGCAUGUAUUUUCUUUGCACACUUAACUGGACAAGAAUGCCUUACCUAAAAUGACUGUACAAUGAAUAAGAUGAUCUUAUAAGGUGGUCUUGAUAUUUUUAAGAUUGCUUGAUGCAGAAAUUCAACCAGGAGGAAAAAGAUGCCUAUUAAUGAACUUUUGUAUGUCAACGUGUUUUUAAUUUUUUAAAAGUAAUUCGAAGAACUGUGAAAGAUACAGGAAAUGUUUGCCCACUAUGUGUGAGGACUCAACAGGGAUGUCAAUGUCCAUAUAGAAUGAGGGCACUGCUUCUCGUUCUUGCUGUAGUUUGUCUUUCUGAUGUCCUCACAUAAUCAGUCUGACUGGUGUCACAUUGGGAUACAGCCAGAUCCCUAUAUGGAAACUGAUUGACUAGAAUUAUCACAAGAAUAUGCCCAUUUUUAGAAAUGGUGCUAAAGCUGUAGAUUUUUUUAAUCCCCCCCCCCCCCCCGCAGUUAAAAACAAUCAGCGAACAGUGCACAAUUUUUUAGGAAAAAUAUAACAAAAGAGAGAACUCUUCACUUUCUGAAACUGCCAUUUCAUUAACUGAAUUUAGAUUGUUGAAAAUUCAGCAUAGUUUUUGCCCCUUAACACUGAAGAAUUAUCUCAAAACUGUAUGUUAAAGUAAGAGAGACGGUUAUUAAUGGAUCUAGGACAGUGGUUCUCAACCUUCCUAAUGCCGUGACCCUUUAAUACAGUUCCUCAUGUUGUGGUGACCCCCAACCCUAACAUUUAUCCAUUUUACAGAUGGAGUACACUGAUGGAGAGUGUCUUAGGCGACCCCUGUGAAAGGGUCAUUUGACCCCCAAAGGGGUCAUGACCCACAGGUUGAGAACCACUGAUCUAGGAAGUAUAGGGCUGAGCAGAACAUGUAAUAGCAGGGACCUAUGUCCAGCCAUUUAAGGAUGAAUACACUGGAGUCCAUGCCCUGCUGGGUUGUGCUAGUGCAAAUGUUUAUUUACUAAUGAUUAAUUUUUCCACCACAAUAGGGUGUACUAACCAAAGCCAUAGAUGGCAGGGUAUACGUUUGGAUAAGUUGAAAUUUUGUGUCAGCUUGCUGUAUUGAUGCUAUAGCUUUAAGAAACUCACUGCCAAAAAUAACAGUGUUCUCUUUCUAUAUUACUACCAGGGAGGGGUAGUUACAAGCUUUGUCAUUUUAAGCCUGGGUGAUGGGCAGAUUUUGCAGCUGAGGUUUUUGAUUCCAUUGUGUUUCGUUUGAGUGCAUAUCAAUGUAUGAACAUUCAUCUGGACAUUAAUUACAUUUACAGCAUUUCUAGUUCUACAUUUACAUCUUUCUAGUUAGAAAGAUCAUGGAGUAAAGAUGCACAUUAGUUCUUUAAGUAUAGUGCUUUUAAAAAGCAAUGGAAAGAAUACAACAGCUUGACACAAUAUAAGCUGAAUUUACUCCUUGAAAGUUGUAACUCUUGUCUCCACCAAGAUAAUGUGCAGACAGAAGAGCUGUUGCAUAGCAACAGGUUGCUGUCUUGUAAACGGUUUGACAAGCCAGUCGUGAGAAUUUGCUGGCAUGAGGGUGCUAUGUACCAGUGCUGCACAGCCAGAUGGAUGAAGGGAAUGUGCUCAUUCCAUAGGUAUGCUUUAUUCCCCAGACAUCCACCCUCCCACAAGUCUAGAGCCUUCUAUAGUCCACAUUAUUAUGUACUUCUCUCCCUAAACGGGAAAUGCUUCAGUGUAAGAAAAAGUGUUUACCCUGCAUAGAUCUGCUUUUAUCUGUUUAAUUUAGCAUAUGUGAUAGGUGGAGGGAAGCACAACUGACUUUUUAAGGAUGAAAAAUAGUGGUGAUAUGAUAUUUUUAUUCUGUUUCAACUGUUUUUGCUCUUGGCUUUUAUUUUUGUUGACAAUUAUUUUAACUUCAUUGUGGUGAGAAGGCUGCAUGGUAUAUUCCAGUCUUGUCGCUUCUUGGAAGUUAAACAGGGUUAGUAUUUGUACGGAAGACCUCCAAGGAAGAUUCUGCAGAGGAAGGCAAUGGCAAACUACAUCUGACUCUCACUUGCCUAGAAAGCCCCUUGUGGGAUUGUCACAAGUCAGCUAUGAUGCAUUUUUGAUUUAUUAUGGCUUUAUUCUCUAAGCUAUGGUAUGAACUCACCUGAGGGUCCUUUAGGAUAGUGUGGCAGGGUAUACAUUCAACAAAUUAACAAAAACAAGAAAGAAAUGUGGGGAUGGUAAUCAUAGUGGUGUUCAUUUUAGCCUAUCCAUAAUUACUGGAAGACAUGAUUAAUCAGUUUGCCAUAGUAUGGAUUGGAAAGCCAAUCACAGCUUCCCAAUAUACAUACAGUAAAAUGCAUGUAUGAACAAUGGGCCCAAAUUAUUCUCCACAAACAAUUUUCAAGUGUUUUUUUCAUACCUUGAUUGAUUUUCUGUGUAAGAGAACUAUGUACAGUGACAGUGACUAUUGGAAUUGGUAUGUUGCUUUGCUUGAAACCCUGUCCCUCCCAUCUCCAUCUCUACACAUUGCAUUUGAAAUUUAUUGAGUACCCCAGAAGACUUACUUAUCUGUGUGGUGAGUAUGAAACAACACUCAUAGGAAUUAAGAAAUCCUGUUACUAUAGGGAAUACAGCAGGAGAGAAUUCAUAUAACAUAUGAGCAUUCCUCUUACAUUUGUGUAGCUUAGUACUGACAAUCAGGCUAUGGUUUCCCACUUGAUGUUGAUUAGAAAAAAAAAACCCAGCAAGAAUCUAAAAUAAACAUAUGGAGCAAGCAUUGCAAUUCAUUUCAGGUCAAGCAAUUUUAUAUGAGAAUUAUACAAAAUAACACAAAUCAUAACUAACAAGUCAUGCAGUUCAUAAAUUAUUUAAUACAAACAGAUUCUUUCAGAUGAUAUAAAUAUUCCACUGAACCUGGAAUUCCAUACAAAUCUUAAUGGGCGAUUAGUCAUUUGGGUUCAAAUUAUUACAGAAUUACUUAAAAUGAAUUGUAGAAAGGCCACUUUCCUGUACAAUUGUGCAAAAUUUGCAAGACACUCACAAUCAAAAAUAAAGUUGAAGAGAAAUCAUUUCUGUUAGUCUCAAGAACAGAAACUUUUAGUGUGGUGAAAAGUUUAAUAGUACAUUCACUGAGUUAUACAGGCUAUAAGUAAGAGUUCAGCUUCUUAAAAAGAGUUAUAAAAACUUUAUACCCUUUUCUUAUGUGUGUACUGUUUACUAAUCUGUAUUUCCAUUCCUUAAUCAUGAAGGAAAAUCUAAAUAAGUCACAGAGAUAUUCUUGCCUUGCUCACUCGCUGCAAAAAUGAAGGUGUUGAUAAAGGGCAAAAAUACAUAAUUUAGCAUUUGUCUCUUACAGCCUGUGCCAGGCAAGACAGGUUUCAUAACAAAUACAUAAUCUUUUAUAGCAUUUGCUUUCAUUGGAUAUUUGGCCCUAUUAAAUUGGGUGUCUCAGGACUGAGGUCCUUAAUGCAGCCAACAUUCUACUGCUAGUGUCCAGAGUGAACUUUACCUUCUGGAGUGUUUCUAUACAGCAACAAAAAGCAGUUUUGACAGCACGGGAGAAGUGCUAGCCUGAUUCAGGGUGGUGUAUGUUUUGGCCGUGCUGGGUAAUAUCUAUGCUGGAGAAACAUUUCCUGACCCUCUUGGUUUAAAUACAAUGCCUCUGCUAUCAUUAUUGCUACUCUAGGAAGGGAAGGGGAAAAGGUAUUUGCCUGCCUAUCCUUUUGCCUUCUUUGUGCAAGGCUAUAUGCAUUGAAAUUAGGAAGAGGCUUGUAAUUUUCAGUUUCUUAUUUUGGCCUUGAAACAAUGGCAAAGGUCACUACAGAAGGGACGAAGCUAUCAGUUUCCCCUAGUUCAGUAGAAAGAUCAUUUGCAUACAAAUAUUUGAGUGACAAUUCUCAUACUACAUUGCUAUUUUUAAUGACCUCAAUAAGCUUCUACCUCUUCAUCUUUGCAGCCCCACUAGUUUCAAAGCACAGAUCAGAAACUAUCAAACCACUUCUUAAUUUCACCUCAUUUCCUACAUUGUUGUAUAAGUUACAUACAAAUAAUUAAUAGUGAAAGGAGAGAAAGGAACUGUACACAAUCAAGGUCAUAUAUAAUUCUCAAGCAUAUUACAAGUUAUUCCACCAAAUCAAUUGAGGCAUCUGUCAAUUUUCACAUGAAAGAACUGUGCCAGUUUCCACUUGUGCAAGAAACUCCCCCCCACCAAGAACUUAAAAACAAUAUUUUAAAAAACAAAACAACAUGGGAUGUCAUUAGGGAUUAAACAGGAAUAUAAUAUAUUGUCGAAGGCUUUCAUGGCCCGAAUAACUAGGGUGUUGUGGGUUUUCUGGGUUAUUUGGCCGUGUUUCAGUAGCAUAUUCUCCUGACAUUUUGCCAGCAUCUGUGGUUGGUAUCUUCAGAGGAUCUGAUGGUAGUAAAUCAAGUGAAGUAUAUAUGUGGAAUGUUCAGGAUGGGAGAAGAACCAUUUGCAUUGGUUAAAAGUGUUAAGGGUUCAGUUUGUGUAAUUUGCAUGUGUCAAGUAAAAUCCACCCAUUUUAGCAUAUGUAUGGAAGAAGAAGAAGAAGAA